AUGCCUACACCAACCGCACCCCUCCUAGCUCCCUACACAGCAUCGCCUCUCCCCGCCCAGUCCCUCACCCUUAUCACCUCCGUUCUCGGCGCAACGAGUAACUGGCUAGUUUUAAGGAUCCUCUGCGAUGCUCUAUCGUCCGGCAGCGGUCGAGGAGGAGAGGAGAUGGAGUUUGGCGGCCCGGGUGCCCGAAGAAGGGUCAGAGGGGUAGUUUUCGUGAGCUUUUUGAGGGCCGUGAAGUUUUGGAGGGGAGAGGCGCGGAAAAUGGGACUGGAUCUCGCUAGGCUGUCAAAAGAAGGCAGAUUUGCUUUCGUAGACGGGGUCUCGGAGCUCUUCUUACCCAUACAAACAUUUCCGGAUCCAGUGCCCGGGCGUUCAGUGUCGAGCAGUUCACCAAGUCCGGCCCGGAUUCCGCCACACACCGUAUUACCCCCUCGGGGACCAACAUCUACCAGCCUUCCAACUGUAACUAGCCAACAGAAGAAUGGCGAAAUUGCGUCGAGAAAACUUCGAUGGUCUGGUACGGGGAACAGAGCAUUAGAUGCACUGGAGCAGGAGAUUGUUUUUGCCAUCAAUGACUUAAGAAGUGACGAUAGAGCGUCGGAUGAAAUGCCGGUGGACAACGAUGUACUCCUUGUGGUGGACCAGCCUGAUUUGCUCCUUGCUGCUACAGGUCCGGGAAUGGGAGUUGGAGCGGUGGAGAUGGGGGAGUUUCUGUUGGGGUUACGACAGCGGGUUCAUUCUGCUGUUGUCACACUUGCAGCCGAUUCACCUCUGAUACACGCGGGUUCUGUCAAGUCUACGCACCAACAGCCAACACCGCUUGAGAGGGAACAUGCAUCCUUAGUUGUGGGGAUGGCGCAUCAAGCUAGGAUGGUUAUGCAACUGAGAGGUUUGGAUACGGGUGUUGCUGGUGAUGUCAGCGGAGUGCUACGGAUUAGUAGAGGGGGUGGAUGGGUUCCAGAAGUAGGGAUUGCAAAUAAAGGGCAGAGCCAUGACCAUUCAGGCUUAGAAGAGAAGGAGGUAUUAUAUUUUGUACAAGGAGAUGGUGCGGUUCGCGUUUUCGAGAGAGGCGAGUGA